CUCGUCUCUGAUUCCCCGGUAUGGUCGUGAGGUGGAGAAUUCUGUCGAUUAUGAUCGAAUUUGAGAGCACUUUAUCCAAGAGAUCGGCAUUAUGUUGCUUAAGGCGCAGGGAGCCACUAGGCCUACAGUCGCUUAGCCUCGAUCCGGAACCCAAAGCUGAUGCACUGAUUAGACGUGAGCCCUUCUGUUUGAGGGUGUGAGCGCAUGACUCAGGUUAUAUCGAUCAGGUUCCUCCGACCGACCGUAGCUCUCUCUCACUUUCUCGCUUGCUCGCUCUGGCUCUGGCUUGCUUUCCUGCUCGCUUGGUGAAUGGAGAAUCUGUGGCUGGUUGAACCAAGAACACCUACUUCUACUACUACUGCUGUUCCUACUUCUACUGAUUCAUGCUCUGAGCGUACGGUCAGCACUUGUCAUAUGCAAGCAAACUCCCCUCGGCUCCGGCGAGGUUGUGGUGUUGUCGAUUGACAGGUUCGUCGGGGGCUCCCGUCGUGUUCAGAGUCGGGCGCGUGUGGUUGCGGGCCGCUAAGCGAGCGGAUGGGCGAGCCCAGUGGUGAUCAUCUAGCUAUCUAUGGUGUACGGUACAGCGCAUUGGCCGAUUGACUGACAGACCGAUUGAUCGACAGAGUCAAUCUCGCUCCGAAGACUGAUCCGAGAAUCGGCCCAUCGCUGGAAUAGACGAGUAGGCGAAAUUCGAAGAGCUCCCUGAGCAUCGACACGCACUAGCGGGCAUCAAGGCGGUCGAUGGACUCAGAAGAUGAUAUGCAAGACGCGUGGGGCGGAGAAUCGGAUGGAGAGUUCUACGACAGCAACGAAGAGGAGGACGACGAGGGUUCGAGCGACAAGGAGGAGGCCGACUACGGGUUCGACGACUUCGCGGCGGACGAUGGCGCCCCGAGCUCGCGCAUGCCGCAGGCCAAUUACACAAUCCUGAGCGAGAAGGACAUCCGGCAACGGCAGGAGGAGGCGAUCGCGACCAUCACCAAUUUUCUGUCCGUGUCCAAGACGGACGCCGGCAUCCUGCUGCGGCAUUUCAAGUGGAGCGUGAGCAAGGUGAACGACGAGUGGUUCGCGGACGAGGAGAGCGUGCGCCGGAGCGUGGGGCUGGUGCGGCCCACGCGGCCCGAGUACCAGCGCCGCUCCAGGGGCCGCGGGCAGGAGAUGCGCUGCACCAUCUGCUUCGAGACGCACUCGUUCUCGAGCAUCUCGCGCAUGAAGGCCGAGCCCGCCUGCGGGCACUUCUUCUGCGACGUCUGCUGGACCGGCUACAUCCACACGGCCAUCAACGACGGGCCGGGGUGCCUGACGCUGCGCUGCGCCGACCCGUCGUGCGGGGCCGCGAUCGGCGAGGACAUGGUGCUGUCUCUGGUGUGCACCGACGAUCGCACCAAGUACAAUCGCUACCUGCUGCGCUCGUACGUCGAGGACAAUCGCAAGGCCAAGUGGUGCCCGGCGCCCGGAUGUGAGUAUGCCGUUCUAGGUUUCGUGCCGGGCGUGGGCGCCUCGUAUGACAUUGUUUGCAAGUGCUCGUUUAACUUCUGCUGGAAUUGCCUGGAAGAAGCUCAUCGGCCUGUGGACUGCGGCACGGUGAAGAAGUGGAUUCGCAAGAACAGCGCCGAAUCCGAAAACAUGAACUGGAUUCUGGCGAAUUCCAAGCCCUGCCCCAAGUGCAAGCGCCCGAUCGAGAAGAACCAGGGCUGUAUGCACAUUACCUGCACUCCGCCUUGUAAAUUCGAGUUCUGCUGGCUGUGCCUGGGCGCCUGGACGGACCACGGCGAGCGGACGGGGGGAUUCUACGCCUGCAACCGAUACGAGGCUGCCAAACAGGAGGGCGUGUACGAUGAGGCCGACCGCCGGCGCGACAUGGCGAAGAAUUCUCUGGAGCGUUACACGCAUUACUACGAGCGGUGGGCCACGAACGAGUCGUCCCGGGCCAAGGCCCACACGGAUCUGCAGCAAAUGCAGGCCGUGCAAAUCGAAAAGCUCAGUGACAAGCAGUGCCAACCCGUGUCGCAGCUCAAGUUCGUGACCGAAGCCUGGCUCCAAAUCGUCGAGUGCCGUCGUGUUCUCAAGUGGACCUACGCUUACGGAUACUAUCUGCCGGACCAGGAGGACGCUAAGAAGCAGUUCUUCGAGUACUUGCAAGGGGAGGCCGAGGCAGGAUUGGAAAGGCUCCACCAGUGCGCAGAGAAGGACCUACACGUGUUUCUGGAUGGAGAACCGGGACAGGCCACAUUCAAUGACUUUCGCACGAAAUUAGCAGGAUUGACCAGCGUGACUAGGACUUAUUUUGAAAAUUUAGUGCGGGCCCUAGAGAACGGACUUACAGACGUGGUACAAGGGCCUCUACGAAGGUCGUAGAAGCAGCAGCAGCAGCAAGCUUGUAGGUACUCGGUAGAAGCUUAUGGGCAGGCCUGAAAGCUCACUCUUGCAUGUGGUAGGUCCAAGGUUUAGAAUAAUCCAAGGUUCAAAUGCCCUUGAGUUGAAAGAGAAGUUCUGUAGUAAUGGGGGUGGUGGUGGGGGCUCGGUCCUUGGGUAUAGAAAUGAGGAUAGUUCUCGUGUAUAUGCUGUAAAAAAUUGAAAUUCCUCGCAUAGAACUUUGAUGAUAUUAGUGGCUGGGAAAAUGUGAUCGAUCCUCCUGCACCUCAUGAAGAGGUUAGACAUGUUAGUAGAUGUUGAGAACUUUUGUGAGUGAGGGGCUUGAUAUUUGUGGGUGGUCUCUCCUUUUCUCUCUAGUAGAAGACUCCCACGGGGAGGAGCUGACAUUGUAUUGCUUUUGGAAUAUUAAAAUGCGGUAUUGUGAUCUUUUCCUG